CCUUGUAACCCUUCAAGUUUAGAACCUAUUUCAAUGGCAGACCCAUCCAUUCUUUUAUGUUGUCUUCCCAUCGCUUUCUCUGUCUGCCUCUUCUUCUUUUUCCUGGUACUGUUCCCUGAAGGAUGGUCUUUGCAAGCCCCAAAGAUCUUGUAAUAUGGUCAGUGGUCAUAGAUUUUAAACUUGUGUUUUUUUACUAUAGUUAGCUCGCCAUCAUGGGGUCCGAUUGCUGCAGUAACCCUGUCUCUAAUCUCUUGGUUUGUGAUGCGGUCUUUGAAUGUGAUACCUAGGAUCCUUCUGUAGCAUCUCAAUUCCAUCGCUAGGAUCCUCCUCUCUAGCUCUGCAGUCAGCAUCCAGGACUCACAAGCAUAAAAAAAUUUGGCCAUGACCAGGGAGCACAUCAGUCUGAUUUUGGUGCCGAGGGCUAAGAAUUUGUCUUUCCAUAUUAUUUUAAGUUUUGAAAGGGCUGCUGUGGACUGUGCUAUUGGGGCCAAUAGUUCAGGUUUUGUUUUUCAUCUGAGACAAUAGCUUCGAGGUAUUUGAAGCUUCUAACACUAGUCAGCUUUUCACCUCCAAUACUGAUGCCCCUUUUAAAGCCCUGUUGGCUAUUGGUCAUAAUUUGUUGUUUUUUUUUUUGGCAUUUAUUUGCAUGCCAUAUGCUGUAGAAGUCUUGUCAAUGUGCAUCACCAGGUCAGAUAGUUCUUCUUCUGUCAGCAUCCUUGUAGAGGUUCUGGAUAACUUUGAUUAUGUUUUUAUUAAUGUUUUACUUUUCCAUUGUCGCCCAGAGUGCCCUGUGCCAUACUCGAUCAAAAGCUUUCUUGAAAUCAAUAAAGACAUGGAAAAGAUUUUCUUGGUGUUGGGUAUAUUUUUCACAGAGUAUUCUGAGGUUUAGGAUUUGUUCUGUAGUGCUGCAACCUUGUCUAAAACCGGCUUGUUCUUCUGAUAUGAUUUUGUCUGCUAUCGGUUUUAGUUGAUUUAAUAUAAUUUUAACAGUACUUUGCUGGGAUGGCUUAUGAGGCUGAUGGUGUGAUAGUUUUGACAAGAGUUGUAAAUUGCCUUUCUUUGUAAGGGUGAAAUGAGUGAUUGGAUCCAGGGUUUGGGUCAUGCUCCUAAUUGCCAGAUCUUGUUGCAAAUCGUAUUACAUAGAGUGCGUUUAUCAUGUUUUUUUAUAAAUUAUAAUAAAUAAUAGAUAGAGCAAUGAGAUUCAUAACAAACGAAUUACAAAUAGAUUUAUAGAUCUAAAAAAGAUAUAUUAAAAUAUAUUUACAAUUGUAAACAUUUGAUUAGAUUAGAGUAACACCUUUAGUCUAAGGCUGUGACUUUAGUAAAAUAAUUAGAUUUAGAGAACCUUCAGGAUAGAAUACAAGUAAAACACUGAACCACAAUCUUCAAAAACAAAAACUAAUUAAAAAAAAAACUUAGAAAGUAAGGACACAAAGUAAAUCUAAUAGGCACAUUCCUUGUUCCAUAUAAAUCUAUUAUAUAGGACAAAUUUGUACCAAUUCUCCUUCUUCCCUAGUGCUUUUAGGGCAUGGAAUGGGCUGCCUAAGUCAGCCAAGAAAGCCAGUCACUUGGCAGAGUUUCAAAGUCAUUGAUUAACAUGCAUGACAAGAUUGAUUUAGGGACACACAUAGGUUUAUUCAUUUUCUUUUUUGAAAUAACAUCGGUAUUUAAUGAGAUAAGAAGAUAAGAUUCGUUCCGGCCAUUGGCGAUAUAAAAUCUAAAGCUAACUACAAUCACCAAAUUUCAUGAGCGUAGCCAGUAGGGGUUACAAACUUCUACCAGUCGCUUGGCUCCAUUAAUAAAGUGCAUACAGAUUUGGUUUUUUUAACUAAAAUUUUUUAAUAACAGUAUAAUGCACUGUAGAUAUACCCCAGAAUAUGCAUUUGUUUUAGUUCUAAAUACUGGCUGGCAAGGGCAGUCUUUCCACUAACUUCAAGGGUACAAUAAAUGUCUUUCGAAAGAAUGAAGGGUCAGAAUGUAAAAAAGGUUAAUUACUUGCACACACACACAUAGAAACAUACAUACUAUACAUAUAUAUAUAUUGUUGUAACUCCACUCCCGCGUCUCACUGAUGGUGCACAUCAGAGCACUAUUAAACACAAGUAGUGGAGAAGACAUGUUUAUUCUACAGGAAAAGGACUGUCCGGCUAGAGUGAUCUGCAAGUUAUUGAAGUCUGAGCUGUCUUGACUCAAGAGAACGUCCUUUGUGCUAUCUGUUAAUCUUUUUUGAGGACCUAGGGCGGCAGUGUGUCGUUGAUUGUGACAACUUUUAUAUGAAGAGUGAAUUUAGAACUAAUUUGUGUUAUGUGAUUGUGAAGUUUGUACUAUGCUUGGCAAUUUCUAGGAGCACUUACUUUUGGUGAAGACUUGUGCACUUAAACAUUUGAACAAUGAAAAAAACAAACAUCAAAUUAUCAUCACUUUGCUUUUUCAUUAUGAUGUUUAUACUUCAGUGCUCAAAAGUAAAUGGGCAUAAUCACAAUUCGAUAAACUCAGCUAAAAGGCUGAUGACAGAGUAUAGUCAAAGCAAUAGUCCAGAACAAAUUCACUUGUCAUUGGGAUCACAAUCUCACUCUAUAGUUGUUAUGUGGUCUACAAAAUUAGAAGAAGAAUGCUUUAUAGAGUAUGGAAAUGGUCCUGAAAACCUUAAGAGUGUGACAGCAACAAUGGCACAACUAACUGUUGAUAAUGAACAAGCAUCUCAGUAUUUGCAUCGUGCAGAGUUACUUGAUCUGAAACCAGGUGAACAGUACUCUUAUCGAAUUAUUAAUAAAGGAUCUAAUGUUAAAAGUGGCAUUUUCAAAUUCCGCUUCCCACAUAAUGAAAAUAAAUCUCAUUCGUUUUUAGUUGUUGCUGAUAUGGGGACACUUACUAAGUCUCUUCAGUUUAUGGUUCAUGAAGCUUUAAAUGGACUUUAUGAAGUUGUUUUUCAUGUAGGAGAUAUAGCCUAUAAUUUGAACACUGAAGGAGGAAGUAUAGGAGACCAUUUUAUGAGAAGGGUGUCAAAAUUUACCUCAAGCAUCCCUUACAUGACAACUCCAGGAGAUCAUGAAAGAGCUCACUCUUUUUACCAUUAUCGCUACAGAUUUUCCAUGCCCAAUGCUCCAUGGCCAAUGUCAGAAGACAGUUUGUGGUACAGCCUUAAUAUUGGAUACACUCAUUUCAUCAGUAUUAAUACAGAAUAUUUUUAUCUACAAUCAGCAUAUAAGCAGCUGCAGAUUGAUUGGCUGAAGAAGGAUCUUACAGAAGCCAAUAAGCUGCGAGACUCUGUUCCCUGGAUCAUUGUGAUGGCACACAAGCCUCUAUAUUGCACCAAAUCAGAAAUGGAACAAGAAUGUCAGGAAGAGAAUUCAUAUCUAAGGGAUUCUCUUGAAGACUUGUUUUUUGAACAUGGCGUUGACCUUAUUAUUAGUGGCCAUAAGCAUUGCUAUGAAAGGUCAUGGCCAAUGUAUAUGAGUCGGGCAUUUCAGUUAAAUUACAUUAACCCUUUGGCUCCAAUAUAUAUUGUCAUCGGAGCCAUGGGCUAUGAAUAUAUGGCUGAUAAACAAAAGUCCUCUCCCUUCUGGCUAGCCUUUGCCAUGAGUGACACGGAGAAAGAGCUUUUUGCUCGUCUGAAUGUUGUGAACAAAACACAUUUGGUCUGGUCUGUUCAUGCCUCAAUGACCAACGAGGAUGUGGAUGAUGUGCAAGUAAUCCAGACAAAGCAUGGUUCAUUUGGUAAGCCUGGGGCCAAAGCAUUAGAAAAAAUGAAGCCCAGAACUGGUGGUUCUAGAAAUCUUCCACCAGAACCUUUUCAUUUUGUUGAUGCUACAAAUAUUGAUUAUCAAUAUCGACCUUUUAUAUUAUCUGCUACUGUCUUUACUAUAUCUUUUGUUUUAUUUCUAUUUUUAAGACAUUCAAAAGUAAGAAAAGUUUUGCGUUUAUAAUACUAUCAUUAAUAAAAGUUUGUUGCACAGGUGAGCUUUCCACUAGCUAUGCCUUAACAAAUUGUUUGUCAGCAUUGCAUUUUUUUAUUAUCAUUGAUGAUCCCUAUCUUUUUAAAAACGAAAUAAUUUGUUUUGUAUACAUACAAACUUUGUUUUUUAUUCUUGAAAAAGUAUACUUUUUUAAAGUUACUAAACUUAUGCCUUUUCAAUAUUGUAAAAGUUUACUCUGCUUGAAAUUUGUAAGAGAGGAAGAAGUUAUGAACAAAAAAUUUAAACAGUUUGUCUGGACUUAUAGUUUUGCUUAUAAUAUACUGAGUGAGCUUUAUAUAUAUAUAUAUAUAUAUAUAUAUAUAUAUAGAUAGAUAUAGAUUCUAUAUAGCUCAUUCAGUGAAACGCUUUUCACAUUUCAAGCAAUUAUAGAUCAAUUUUACAAACUAGAUGUGUUUUUAUUGUUGUGUUUUUUGCCAAAAAUGCAAAACAGCUUUAUGAAGGCAUGUUUUGUAUGUACUAAAUUAUUAAAGUGUCAACGGAAAUAUCAUCAUGUAAUCUCUAUAGCACAGAGGCGCAUAUGAUUAGUGGGAGAGUGUACAUAGAACUAUAUUUUUAUACCAAAGUUCACUGGCCAAAAGUAUGUGUGAGGGAAUGCUGGAAGAUGCACACAAAAUAAGAGUUGGGAGGGGGGGAGUCUGGCUACACAAAAAAAGUCCACUUUUUCAAUGUUAUGAAGCAUGAGUAUCUCCUAGUAUGUAUAUAUUAUAAACAUAUCAAUUUUAAAAUUGUAUUCAAAUUGAUAGCCCUUGUAAAAAUCUGACAUUCUAAUAUUUUUAGACCACAGCCUAAAAAUAUGUCAUUGAACUGCUUUAUUUGAUAUAUUAUUCUUAUGACCAAGCUAGAAAUGACUCAAUAUUCUCUUUUUAUUCAUAAUAAUUAUCCAUUAUAAAUUAAUAAUAUAUACCCAUAUAUUAUGUCUCAUUAUUGAUACAUAACUACAACAUUAAAUUAUGCAUACAUACAUUCCCUUCCAAGAAGUUAUAUAUUUCUAUUGUUGUUAGCUCCUCAACAUUCAAACAUUUAAAAACAUAUUUAUCUCUAAACUUUCCUCCUUUUGUUUAACUUUUCUUACAUUCCAAAAUAUUGUAUCACUAUUUGUAAGUGCCUGAAAAUGUGUUCAAUAUUUAAAAAAAACAUUUUUUUCACUGCAAACAUAUUCUGUUGUCAUGUGUUUGAUCAAAUUUGCUAUCGUUAGGCUAAAAAUAAGUUAAUUUAUGUCAACCAUGCCAAAUUCCCAAGAACAGUUGUUUUUUUAGUCAGCAGUCAAGAGAUUUUCCUUUCAAUGGACACAUUGAUCAACACAACAAUUUUAGUGCAUCAUAAAUUUAUUGUUUCUGUUAAUUUUUAUUUUUAAUAAUCAGAAGUCUUUGUUUUCAAUAGGACCUAGUAUCUGUAUGUGUUGACUGAUGGAACAAAGAGAUGCCAAUUCUAGACUCUUAGAGAAUAAUGGAUUAUAUUUAGAUCUAAUUUAUUUUCAAACUAAUUGCCAUCUUUGACAGGAAGUGAAGACAGAAUAGGAGCUCAUAAAUAUUGUAUUUAAAUUGUGGAUAGUAUCAAUAUUUGAGUAUUAUUCAAGUAAAAAAAAAGACAUUAUUAUCAAUGUUUAUAAAAUAACAUUGUCAUCUUCUAAGCGGGAACUUUCUUACUAAUUUCGUGAAAAGCACCUGUAACAAGAUCAAUUCAAAAUGUUCUUUUGAAGAAGACAUUUCAAUAUUCCAAUAACAAAAAAAAAAAGAAAAAAAAAGCUAGCUGUGGCAUUCAAACUCUCACACUUAACUAUAGCUAUGUUGUGAUGGGGGGUACACUGACGGCAACAAACCAGUACCUACCAAAUCUUGGGUCAAGCCCUAAUAAAGCCGGAUUUGGUCCUAAUAAAACCAGUAUUGGCCCCUAUUUAGAAUAUUUAUUGGAUAGUCUAGAUCUUUCCUAGAAAAUAUAAUUGUAAAAACAUUUUUGUUAACUACCAUUAUAUGAAUAUAAAAUACAAGGAUUCAUGCCAGGGUUUUGUUUUUAUUGAUUUUUUUUUUACUUUAAUAUCAUUCCAACCUGUGACCAAAACUAUUAAAUCACAUGAAUGAUUGUCUAUUAAAGCUGGUUCUAAUAAAAGUUGUAAAAUCAUGUAACAUUAAUUUUAAAAUGCCUUGAUAUUAUAUUAACUGUGUAUAUAUAGUAUUACUUGCAUAGUAGAUUCCAGAUAUAAUUCUAUCAGUUGUCUAUAUUUUACAAGCUUAAGAUUGUUUGGAGAGAGGCUCUUUGCCCUAUCUUACUCCAUUUAUAUUAUUUUGUUUUCCUAUAGUGUUUUAAAACAAAAUAAACAUUAACUAUUAGUAGUUAGUAUACUAGAAAACACAAAAAUAAAUGUCAUUAUUAAUAUUUAGGCACAAAAAUAAGUAAUUAUAUACAUAUAAGAUAAGUUUUUGAUGAUCAAAAAAAAAUUAUGUAUUUUACAUAUAUGAAUUUUAGGAUUAUUUUGGGAAAAAAAAAUUAUGCACAAUAAUUAUCUCCCUUACAUGUUUUUUUUUUAAAGGUAAGUAAGGGAUUCUUUUAUUGAAAAAAAAAAUUAUUAAAAAACAAAUAAAAAUAUUAAAACGGUUCACUUCGUGAAGAUAAAAAGUAGAAGUUG